AUGUUCGCAGGCUCCGCGCCCCCCUCCCCCCCCCCCAGAGUGCUCAACGGGAAGAGCUGGACUGGCAUGUCGGAGGCGUUGGCGGACAUCUGCUUCCUCGAGCAGGUCCAAUGCAUUGCUGCGAAGGCACGCGUUGCUUGGAUGGCCCGCCGAGGCGAACUCUCAGAUGACCAGAGGAGAAGGAUGGCGUCGACAUCAGCUGCAUCAUGCAGAUGCCCUGACAACAAGCAGCGACAGCAGCAGUUGGCCAGCAUCGGUGAGGUGGGCGUCGGUGACGAGACUGGGCAACCGUCGCCGUCCGACAGCGCCGAUGGCGACCGCGCCCAGACCAAAGCUUACUGGAAAGCUGCAACGGACCUCUUCGUUGAGCGGCACGUCGACGCCCUGCCAAUGCUGCAGGUGGUCACGGUGAAGUUGCAGAAGUUGCUGGGGCGCCACAUCGACAUGAGCGGAGUGAUUUGGGAGAGCCGUCAGCGAGUUCGAGCCUUUCGGGGUGGCGUUGCGCAGGAGUUCGACGUUGCUCGACCGCUUGCUCGGGAGUGCCCGCUAGUGAAUGCAGCGCUGAGCAAACUUGAGAGUCGUUUCGGUGGCGAAUGUGAGCUUUUGAUGUCUUCAGAUGAGCCCUGGGCAAGUUUGCAUCCGCAAGUUUACAUUCAGUUUUUUUCGGCGCGUUGGCGUUCAGGCUGGUUCUGCGGAGCAAGGCCAUAG